AUGGCCCCCAUUACGACUGGAGAUCAAUCUGCAGCACGUUCAGUGGCUGGAGAUCCCGCCAGUUUUAUACCAAGAAUUGCCAUGAACAUGAAUGACGACGUCUCUCACGACGCAAUUUCAUUAGAGCUGUGCUCGUCCACUACUCCACAUAAAGGCGGUGGCACCUCCUCCCAUUUGUGCGAGUCCCAAAAGUCAGAAAACGGUGAAGAUUCCUCCCGUAAUGUCGAUGAGGGUGUCAGCAGACUCCCGUUGGAAACCUUUUUACUACAGCGUCAGCGUGUGUCGGACAAAACGCUGCAAGCACGCAAACGAGUAGAGGACCAUUGGAAGGCCUCGGUAUUUGAAACGUUUAACAAAGCACUUCGUCAACAUGGACUUUUACCCCCAUAUCCAUGUCCCGCAGCUGAACAUGUCAAUGGGCAGGAAAGGCACCUUCUUGACAGAGAAAAACAACGUGUGUACAGUGAGUUUAUUCGCCGCUCAAGGAUGCCACUUCCUGAAUUUGUUCGUCUCCUUCGUGGCGAAACCAACUUCGACUCAAGACCAAACAAGGCUCUGGAGAUCUCAUCGUGGAACCCGUCCUGGAAUUCCUACGACCACAAGAGCAAAUGGUCGAAUAUCGUUCACCACGGUGUAAAACCGAAGUCGAAAUCGCCAUUCCCUAAACAGUCCUCCCCUCCAAAGAACCAUGGUUCCACUCUGCGUGCUUUGAACAGCAUCAUCAAAAGUCUCAGAACCGGUCAAGACACAAAACGAUACGUUAUCCUCGAUAUUGACCUUCUAAGUAUUCUGGAAGACUUCACUUGUAGCCCAUUUGAGGAGGGCGAAAUCACUAUUUCUUAUGAUGCAGCAGUAGCAAUUGCCAACCGCGUCUUGGAUGUAGCUUCGAAACACCCAGACCAGCAACAUAUGAUUACAGGGGAUGUCAACGGCGCUUUCCGCCACAUUCCAAUUGCUGCUGAGGUCGUUGGACGUUUUGCGGGGACAAUUCCGGAGCUGGGAAUUCUUGUGAUCGACCUAUAUUGCCCGUUUGGGUGGGAAAACUCGCCAUCGUCGUACUGGGUGGCUGGUGCAGCGAUAAAUCACUUAUACGCAUGUGCAGCUCCAAUGUGGCCAGACCAACCAACGUGUGCUAAGGUAUUCGAUGCUAAAGCAUGGUGCGAUGACCACAUCGCAAUCGAAGCCGACGUUGGCUCCCGUCUUUUCGAGGCGGAUCUUGCUCUGCGGGCCUCAAUGACGACUGUUUUAGGAGCGUCGGCGUGCAACGAGAAAUAA